GGGUGACGCACUUCCGCCCCGCCCCUACAGACGACACGGGUUCGAGUCCCCCCCCAUAGGCCGCCAUGGCAGGCGCGGAACCGGAGUCCGGGAAUGUCGGCGACAGUGGCUCGACUCUUCCCGGCCGGAGCCACGGCGCCGUGCGCUUGGCUCCGCUGGACCCCGAGCAGCUGCGGCGGGUUCUGGAGCAGGUGACUCGGGCGCAGCCACCGCCCAGCACGCUGCCGGCCGCGGCGCGGCGGCUCCGGGACGGGGCCCAACAGGCCCAGCGGGGGCCGGGCGCCGAGGCCCCGCGCCUGCUGACACCGCAGGAACUUGAAGCUAUUUGUGUCAAGGUAUCUGGUGACACCAAACUUCAGGAAAGAACAAUGCACCCCCUGGCCACCAUCCAACUCAAAACAGCAAGACAAAGUCAGCUACCUGGGAGAAGCCCCAGCAAGGGUGUGUGUGUCUCCAGCCCUCAGCUGCUCAGGGUGCAGGCCCUGGGGAGGACGGAGUCACAGCUGCAGUUCCUUAGACGCUCCCCUCAGCCUCCUGCUCCUCGGGUGUUUGUACAGAAGAUGCUGCCAGACCUCCAUCCAGUCCCUUUGAAGAGAGCCAAGGCCCACGAGACUGCAAGCGGGUGUGGUAUCGCUCUCAGCCCGGUGGCAGCCUCGGGUACACGCGCAGUUGCAGCUGUGCCAUCUAGCCUGUUGAUUUCCAGCUUGCACACAGCACGUACUGAGAAGUCAAAGAAAUCUCUAAGGGUAAGAACUCGAUCUGGACGGGUAUCCCGGCCUCCCAGGUAUAAAGCCAGAGACUACAAGUUCAUCAAAACCGAGGACUUAGCAGAAGGGCGUCUGUCGGAUUCUGAUGACUACUCAGAGCUGAGCGUGGAGGAAGAGGAGGAGCCUCCGGAGAAGCCUGCCUUCUUCGACGUUGAAGUCUGUGCCCUGAGACCCAAGGCCUUUAAGUGUCACACGUGUGGAAAGUCCUACAUAGGGAAAGGGGGGCUGUCGAGGCACUGUAAGCUCAACCCAGGCCAUAGCCGGCUGCAGCCUGGGGUGCUGCUGUUGGAGAAAGCUGAUGGGGGCCCGACCCUGGGCUGCACAGACUCAAAGACCGGAGGCCUUGCCGGCCCGGAACCGUCCACAGCAGCUGCUCUCUGUGUGGAGGAGGCAGAGUCAGCUUGGCAUACCCUACAGAGCGGUCAGCCUGUCGAAGUUGAAGAAACACUGGUACCUGAACCACAAAAUAGAAGUACCUCAGCUCUUCUGAGACCAGAGAAAUACCUAGGACCUAAAAAUCGAAAUUGGGAAAGCCAGGCAGAAGUCAGCACAGCCAGCCUGCGGGAGAGCAGAGCAGUCCAGCCAGAAGGCGACCCUGCUGUGCCUUCAGGGCUGAGUGUGUCCGGGGGAGCCCAGCUCCGGGAGGCGCUCAAGCAGUGUGGCCGGGAGGAGCUGGUGGAAUUGGUGCUGCCUCAGCUGGCUCAGGUGGUGACGCUGUAUGAACUUCUUCUGGUGAAGGUAGAGAAAAGUCCCAGGGCGAAGCCUUUCUUUCCUGCUGUGUACAAGGAGUUUGAAGAGUUAUAUGACAUGAUGAAGAGAAUGUGUCAGGAUUACCUCAGCAGCGCUGGUGCAUACCCUCAGGAGCCCCUGGAGAUCAGCAACGAUGAGGCCACAGUGAAAAAGCCCCGAACAGUGGCUUUGCCCACAGAUGUCCCUGGGUAUCCUCCCUCUGCCAAUGGAUGCCAGCAGGAGCCUGGGCCCUCACCUGCUCUAGCCACUAGCAAGGGCUCUGACCCUGCAGCCGGCGAGAACUCUCUCUGCUCUGAAGGAAGCUGUUGGGAGAUGGUUCCUGCUAGUGACAGAAAUGCACCACCUGCGGGCUCGUGGCUUCUGGUGAUGGCAUCUGAUGACUUUGAAGCUAGGAAUGGCUCUGCAGACCCUACUCUUCUAUUUCAGGAUGUCAGUGGGUCAGCUCUUUAUUCCCAAGUAGCAGAGCCCAGCAGGAUGCACCCAGCCCAGGAGUCUGUGUUUUCUGAAGAGAAUAUUCCAGAACACACUAUGUAUCAGGAUUCUGGGGCCGUCUGGAAGAGCAACAGUGUUUGUGAUAUGCCAUCAUCAGGUAGAAGAAUUGGGUCUCUGUUGUUUAGAGAGUCUGAAAAUGCAGAGGCAGGAGCCCUCAGGGAGACUAAUCAACCCUUCCUUGAUGGCCAGCAGGCCAGUCCCAGCCAUGUCCUUCUGGCAGAGGCUGCAGCCGUUCCACUCCAUAACACUGUGCCUGUGAACAUCUUGCUGCCGGCUGCCUGUGUUUCCAAGAUUAUGCCAGAACCAGUUCUUCAUCCUGGGCCAGGUGGAUCACUGUCUACUGAUGGGGGUCCCAGUGUUGGAAGGGAAGCUGGAGACAUAAGCCAACCCCUCUCUAGGAUGGAGACACAUGACCAAAGAGAGCCAGAGACUGUGACUGCGGUGGGGGAAGCCCUGGCGUUUGAUAUUUCCAAUGUGUACCAGGAAGUAUUGUCUCAGGGACAGGAGCAGAUUUUUAUUCGGACUUCCAAUGGGUUUAUUUUGUCCUAUCCAAGUACCAUAGUAUCUCAGGAAGAUGACAGUGUCGUUGUGACCAAUGCAAGGGGUUCUAUCCUGAGGUUUGGCCCGCCAGAAGGUGUUGCUCUUGAAGCUAUGGAAGCCUUCCUUACUGUGGAGGCAGAGUGCUCUCAGUGACCAGGAGUCAGGGGUGUGUGUGUGUGUGUGUGUGUGUGUGUGUGUGUGUGUGUGUGUGUGUGUGUGUGAGAGAGAGAGAGAGAGAGAGAGAGAGAGAGAGAGAGAGAGAGAGAGAGACAGACAGAUAGACAGAGAAUGAAUGUGUGUAUAUGUGUGUGUAUGUGUGUGUGUGUGAGAGAGAGAGAGACAGACAGACAGAGAAUUAAUGUGUGUGUGUGUGUGAGGGAGGGAGAGAGAGAGAGAGAGAGAGAGAGAGAAAGAGAAAGAGAGAGAGAGAGAAGGAGAAUGCGUGUGUAUGAAUGAGUGUAUGUGGGUGUUGGUUUUUGAGGCCUGGUCCCAUGUAGCCCAGACUGGCCUUGAACUCCCAGUCUUCCUGCCUCUAGCUACAGAGUGGUAGUGUGUCAGGGAUGUCCCACCAUGCUGGGCAGAACUUUGUAUGGAUUUUAUCCACAGAAAGUCAAUUUCAGGCAAUAUUUUUCUAAUGUGAAUACUGACACAAAGGAGCCAUUUAUUUAUAAAGAAUAAUGUCUGUUCUACUAUUGCUUUUUUCUAAGAACCUCUUCACAAUAAUGGUACAUACAUAUUUUUGUCUGGUUUUAGAAGCAGGGUUUGGCACAGCCCAGACUGGUCUCCGAAUUUGUGAUGCAUCUGCCUGAACCUGAGGCUAGAGUUACAGAUGUGUUCUGUGGCAGAUGAAGACCCUCUUAUGUAGUGAUAGAGUUUGAUGGCUGUCGUGGUUAAGUUCACUCCAUCCUCACCCACCAGCCUGCGGCCACUCCAUGUUGUGCCACCUCCUCCUCUCAGUGAUGUGCUGUUUCUUCAACAGAUGUUCUCUGUACCUCUGGAUUCAGCUAGAAAACUUACAAAGCUACUUGUUUUGGCAGUGUUCUAUUGAAAAGUAAAAAAGAAAGUCAUUUGUUCUUGCUUUCUUGAUGUGUGUGGGGAUUGAAGCCAGAGCCUUGAACUUGCCAGGCAGUCUGAUGUGAAGUGGCCCAAGCAGGCCUCUAAUCUGUGAUCCUCCUGUGCCAGCCUGUCCAGUAGCUGCAGUGACAGGUGUACAGUCAGGUGAGUUUUCCCUGUUGUUUUUGAGACACAGUCUCACUGUGUAGCUCUGACUAUUCUGGAACUCACUACAUAGCCAGGUUGGCCUCCAACUUAGAGACCUGCCUCCCGAGUGCUGGGAUAAAGUGUGUGCCAUCGUGGCCAGCCUGCUCCCUUCUUUAUCUGAUGCCAGACCUUCACAGUGAGUGUCACGCCCAUGCCCAUGGGGCCUUCUUAUCAGCUACCCACUUGGGUUUUAUGCUCACCUUUUCCCCCCUAAGACUGGGUCUUGCUAUAGCUGAGGCUGGCUUUGAACUUAGGACCCUCCUGCCUCUGCUUGUCCAGAGCUUGGAUAGAAGGCUCAAUAGAAACCUAGAGCUUGCCGGGCUGUGGUGGCACAUGCCUUUAUUUAAUCCCAGCACUUGGGAGGCAGAGGAGGCAGAUUUCUGAGUUCAAGGCCAGCCUGGUCUACAGAGUGAGUUCCAGGACAGCCAGGGCUAUACAGAGAAACCCUGUCUCAAAAAAAAAAAAAAAAAAAAAAAAAAAAAACCAAACCAAACCAAACAAAAAGAAACCUAGAGCUCACAGGGAAGCCCAGCACUUUGGAUGUUUCAGCUGUAAAAUACCUUCUCAGGAUUUCUUUGUGAGGGUUUCCAUGACAAUAUUGUGGGACAAAGGUAAGGUCAUUAGUCCUCAUUAGACAGAGCUUUGGAGCUCAGCUGUUCUCUGCUCACUCCUGCAGUCUUUGGAAGACCCUGAGCACCCUGAGAUGCCACUGCAGGGCAGAGCUGGCGAUCCUGGCUGCAGGGCACCCUGGUGCUGUGCUGAAUCAGGUUCCCCACAGCCCUUGCACUUCCUGUUCUGUAUUCCACCUCAGAGCAGGGGUCACAGGGAUGGACGGGUGGGUUUCCUAGCAGAACAGGAGUGCCUGGAAAUGGGGGACAUCAGACUGGCAUUAGGCAGGACUGUGACCUGUAGACCUGGCCACUUCUCAAAAGCCUAGAGUUUCUCAUCGCCCAAGUUCUCAGUCUGCAUUUGGGGUAUAUGGACAUUUAUUAUAUUAUCUUCAGUACUUUCUGAUUUGCCUGAAAUGCUUUACAGAAGACACCAUCAACCACCCUCUUUCCCAAAGUCUUCACUAUGGAGUCAUCCUCAGACCAUCUCAGUCCAGGGCAAGGUGGGUCCGAGAGGUCUGUUUCCUUCCUGUUAACUUGGCAGGUUUGGGGAUUGUAGAAGGCGUGUGUGAUUCACCACUGGGCCCAACCUCAAGUACCAUACUGACCUCUGAUGACAUCCACACUAUCAGAUAGGAAGUACUCUGCAGAAUCAAUAUUUGUUUAUCUUUAGUUUCUGUGUUUCUGCCUGUCCUUGGCAGUAUUGAUCUUUCCAUUAGCACUCUUGUGUGAUAAUGGGGGGCUGGGGAGCAAAUCACCAGAUACACAAAAGUUAGACGUGGCGUGCUGUGUCGUAGUCUCAGUAUUUGGGGGCUGAGGUGAGAGUAGAGUGAUUCUGAAGUCAGCUUGAGUUAUCCAGCAAGCCUGUCUCAGAAAACGUAAGGAAUUUUUUUUUUAAAGAGUGCAUGGUGGCACAUACCUUUAAUUCCAGUACUUGGGAGGCAGAGGCAGGCGGAUCUCUGAGUUUAAGGUCAGCCUGGUCUACAGAGUGAGCUCCAGGACAGCCAGGGUGACACAGAGAAACCCUGUCUCGAAAAAAAAAAAAAGAAAGACUGUUGACUAUGUCCAGAUCAGCCUGGGCUAUGGAGUGACGAUAUGUCUCAAACAAAACUCACAAAA